GCUCCCGCCAGAGCUUUUCUUCCGAGCGACCUCUCCUCUCCAGCGCUGACUGUCCCCGUGCAGCGGCCCGGCCCGUCUCCGUCCCGACCCCAGCCCGGCGGCCCCGACCGCCAUGCACUGCUACGAGGAGGAGGGCAGCUGGAGCCUGUCCUUCGCGGGCGCCGGCUUCCUGGGGCUCUACCACGUGGGUGUGACCAGCUGCCUCAGGGAGCGCGCCCCGCACCUCCUCCGGGGCGCCCGCCGCUUCUACGGCUCCUCGUCCGGGGCGCUCAACGCCAUCAGCAUCGUCUCCGGCAAGACCGUCGAUUUCUGCUGCUCCCAUGUACUGGGCAUGGUCAAGCAGGUGGAGCGCCUCAGCCUGGGUAUCUUCCACCCUGCCUUCGCGCCCAUCGAGCACAUCAGACAGCAGCUGCAGGACUUACUGCCCACCGACAUUCAUGUCCUGGCCUCCCAGCGGCUGGGCAUCUCGCUGACCCGCUGGCCCGAUGGCCACAACAUCAUAGUCACCGACUUCGCGACCCGCAGGGAAGUCAUCCAGGCUCUGGUCUGUACCUUAUACAUUCCUUUCUACUGUGGGACGAUCCCCCCCGAAUUCAGAGGGGAGCGCUACUUUGAUGGGGGCCUGAGCAACAACCUGCCCUUCGCGGACUCUCCCUCCACCAUCACCGUGUCCCCUUUCCACGGGACAGUGGACAUCUGCCCCCAGAGCACCUCGGCCAGCAUUCACGAGCUGAACACCUUCAAUGCGAGUUUCCAGAUAUCCACCAAGAACUUCUUCCUGGGGUUUGCCUCCCUCAUAUCCCCCAGCCCUGAGAUGGUAGCUGACAAUUGCAGACAAGGCUACCUGGACGCCCUCAGGUUCCUGGAGAGACGCGGCUGGUGGCAUGGCUUCCGGAUGUGCCGGCCGACUUGGGGUGGAUACAGGGUGAGCUGCAGAGCUUGGGCCUCCGGAUCUGCUCCAGGUCGAAGGACCAGCUCCGCAGGCUGUUCAGCCUGCCGGUCACCAGCCCCCUCCAGCCCGGGGCACCUCCUCCUGUGGACCCGGCCAAGGAGCCCAGACCUCCCCAUCAGGCCUGAGGGGCACAAAGAGAGCCAGACCAGUGACUGGCCUCCCCUGGCCCUUGCCCUGGCCCUGAUCCUGUGCCCACAUCUGCCUCCAGUCCUUGAGUCCUGGCUCGUCUCCCAGAGCUUAGAGCCCAACCCUCGGCCCAGGGCCAGCACUGGAAUUGUCUGCCAAGUGGACGAUGGAGGGGACAGCCUCCCUUUCCUCUCAGACUCUGGUCCCUGACUGGGUGGGUGGGGUGACCCCCAGGAACCAGAGGAAGUCCCACCAGCCCCUCUGGAGCCCCUGCUCCUUGGAGCCAGCUCCCUGGGGCCCAAAGACUCCUUUUUUGGGAGAGGCCCAGCCCGUUGGUAUGUCCCUGGGUCACUGUAUCCAGGUCACCCUGCCCCUGUCUCAUCAGAGGGAAAAAGGAAGGCAGGAGCUGAGACACCCAUCUUGGUUCCAGAAUUUCCGUGUCAAGGGGCUUGGGGGCAGCAUGGGCUGGGAAGCAGGAUUCGGGGUGUUGCUGAGCUGUUUGAAGGGCACCUUACAGGAAAUGGAGAAAAUGCCAUAUGCUCAUACCGGAGAUUGGAAGGCAAAUGGAAAUGAUGGGAUCCUUUCUCUGACCUCCUUUGUCCUGCACUAGCCCCAGGGUAACCCCCAUGGCCUGCCUCAUUCCAGGAACCUUGAUCUCUGAUGAUUUCCUACUGGGUCCAUACAGCGGGAGCCCCCACAACCAGGAGAUAGGAAGGUGCGAGGAGAGAGAGGGGUUACAGUCUUCUUAGAAUCCC